AUGGCAACGUUUAGUAUCUUCGGAUUAGUUUUCGUCUUAUUUUUCGAAAAUGUUUUGUGCGGUUACUAUCCGGUUGGUAUGGGCAUGGGCGGCGGAGGCAAUUUAGUUGGAGGCGGCGGUAAAAUGAUGGGUGGAGGGAUGAUGGGUGGCGGGAUGAUGGGUGGUGGAAUGAUGGGUGGUGAAAUGGGUAUGAUGGGCGCCGAAGGAGCUAUGAUGGGGGCAGGUGGAGCUGGAAUGAUGGGAGCAGGUGGAGCUGGAAUGAUGGGUGCAGGUGGAGCUGGAAUGAUGGGUGCAGGAGCGGGAAUGAUGGGUGGAGGAGGAGGUGGUAUGAUGGGAGCUGGAGGAGAAGGAAUGAUGACUAAAGGAGCGAUGAUGGGAGGUGGAAUGGGAAUGGGUGGUGCUGGAAUUGGUGAGUGUUCAGAUGUUAGUUUUGUUACUAAUGAAGUCUUCUGCAUCCCUUUUAUAUUACGAACAAUAUAA